AUGACUAGCGCUGCCCUCCAGCCUACCCCUUCAUCCUGUCAGCUGGCUGGCUGCCACUCCCAGACCUGCCCCUUCGGCCUGUCAGCCGGUAGCUGCCCUCCCACUCCCCCUUGUAUCCUGUCAGCCAGCUGGCUGCCCUCCACUCCUGCCCCCUUCAUCCUGUCAGCUAUCCAGCAGCUGCCCUCCCACCUGCCCUCCUUCAUCUGUCAGCUAGCUGGCUGCCCUCCCAGCCUGCCCCCUUCAUCCUGCUUGCUGAGUCCUGGGGAGCUGUUGGAGGUCCUGCGAGGUCCUCCGCUGGAGAUCGAGGUCCACGACAGAGACAGGAAGUUGGAGAAGGUGUCGACCAGCCCCGCCCUGUUCGGGACCUAUCCCAAUGAUGACAAGCUAAGCAGUGUGGUCCUGGUCUCCGGGAAACGGACCAAUCACCACCCCUUCAGAGAGAAGCGCAAACACUAUGACCCCUGUGGCCUCGCCAAGCUCAACCUCAACGACCUGCUACAAGGACAGAGGAGUCUGAAGGUGAACCUGCCGAUCUGCUGCUCCUCACCGCCCCAGCUGCUGAGCGGUGAGAGGAGUGACUGGGUGAGGAAAAUGCCCUCCAUGCCAGGGACAGGAGGGGUGGAUGGGCCAGAGCAACAGCCUGGACACUACUUUGAUUCCAAUUCACAGCUCAAGGUGCAGGUGGAGAUUGCCUGUCCUCUGAAGGUAGGAGGCGGGGCCAGUGACGUGGCGUGGGACUGCCCGUUCGGACGCAUCAUAUACCUGUUCAGGUACGCUAACGUCUCGGUGAUGUCACGGCUUAGGACAGAGCUACUAAGGAUCAAUGCUGCGGCGUUCCAUCUGGAGGACCAAUCAGAGGAGACGGUCGAGCGCGCGUUGUCGUGUUACAAGAUGGCGGCGCGGGAGAGGGAGAGCCAUGACAUGGACGUGGUGACAGGGUUCCACCUGCUAGAUAAACAAAUCCACCUUUUUGUUCUGGAAGGACUGAAACAUAAAGGUGUCAGGAGACUCUGGGAGACUGUCUCCAAACAGGUAACAGGCAGUGAGGAGGACCAGGUGAUGGUUCUCUAUAACUCUGGUCUGAGUUUCUCUAAGCGUCUAUAUACCCUUCUGGACGUCAGCUUUACUCCUGUCCACCUCCACCAACCCCUAGAAACCAUCAUGAGACAACCUCUAGUCUACGUCAGAGACAUGGUGCCUCAUACCUGCUUCCAGGCCAUGACACGGUUGAGCCUGUUGGUCCAGCUGAGGAACCUGAAGGACGUUGUCCAGAACGAUCUGUUCCCAUCGGCUGAGAUGGUCCUCUCCAUGACCAAGGAGUUUGGAGUGGUGCACCCUGGGAGGUGGCAGCAGAGGCUGCUGGGUAGUGGGGCAGCGGAGGCUGCCAUGUUGUCACACCAUGGCUCGGAGAACACACAAUGCCACCUGGAUACACACAAUACUCCUUAUCUACUGUGGAAACAAUACAUCACCAACCAGCAGAUGAACAAAAUCACCAAAGAUUUCAUAAAGGCCAACAUUGCGGAGGUGCAGCAGGCCAGUCUUCAGCUGCAGAGGGCCAGACCAGCAGUGCUGGUAGAUCCACUGGAUGACAAAAGGCACAGCAUUCAGACCACAGAGCAGUCUCCAGGUCGGAGGUGGACCUCCAACCAGCAGUACCACAGCGCUCCAGUCCACCCCCAGGAGGUAAAGGCUGAGCGGAAGGCUAGGGAGGCCCAGAGCAGGGCAGCCUGGAGGACCCGCGACGGCUUCCUCUACCCAGGCUUCAGGAGCUCCAUCGAGGCCAACGAACACCCCAGGCACCCCGAUGAGGCCCGCAGGGAUGAGCUCAGGAAGCCCUGGAGAGAGAAUGUGCUCCAUGGCAACACCCUGAGACCCACACUGCCUCAGAGAGACAUCCAAGCUUGGCUACACCGCAACAACGACAUGGAGGUCUACAUCACACCAACACCCCCACCCGUCUUCAGCCCUGUCCCCCCUGUUACUAUACACCUGGCAGGAGAGCGUCUUCAGCGGGAACAGCUGCAGACAGCCCAGUCUCAGUACUCUCGCUGGCUGAGGAAGGUGCUGCCUGACCAAGGACAUACUUCCACGCCAACCUGCAGCCGAGUCCCACAGUUCAGCUGCCACAUGGGCGGGGCCGACCCAGGAAAGCUGCAUGACAUGCUGAAGGAUCAACCAAUGAAAUACUCCCUCAGGAAACCUGGCCUCACCCUCAAGCCCAUGCCGGUACUGUCAGUACUGCAACAACCCCAGCAGCUCUCCAGGUCGGGCCAUAUGUCCUUCGCCCCGGGACCGUUCCCGGACCACAGUCUGAGCUGGGAUGAGAACACCAUCCCCCGACAACCCUCACACUACAACAAGUACCACUUUACGGAGUUCCUGAGGCAGAGGUCGUUCCAGUACAAGAGGUCAGCUCCACCCCUAACCGAUGAAGAGAGACGUAUCCACGUCUUCCAGAAACACCCAGCCCCCUGUGACACCAGACAAACCGCUGGAACCAGCCAAUCACAGCCAGCCCGGAGAAUUGUAGAGACUCAGACCUAUAGGGAUGUCACCCUGCACGUCAACUGAGGAAAACCCCAUGCUUGAGUCCCAAAUGGCAUCCGAUUCCCCAUACAUGGCUCUGGCCAAAAGUAGUGUACUGUAUAGGGAAUAGGGUGCCAUUUGAGAUGUAACCUCAGACUGAAACCACACUACUCCACUACGGAUGACAAAUGUGAAAAAUCCACACUUUAAUAGAAUAAAUGGCCAGUAUGUUCCAACCUCUUCAUCAUCAGUACCCAAAUGGCACCCUAUUCCCUAUGUAGUGCACUACUUUUGAACUAUUAUAGGAAAUAGGGUGCCAUUUGGGACUCAGAGAAGGUCAUUGUAGUCACUUGUGUGUGUUAUUAUAAAUGGUAUAUACAGUAUUAAAUCUUAUCAAGUGUUGAGUUGCGUUUACACAACACUGGAGUAGAGGCAAUGGAUGGAACGUUAGUAGCAUGACUGGCGGCCCACAACAGGACACCCAUUCCAGUCCCAAAUGGCACCCUGUUCCCUUUAUAGUGCACUACUUUUGACCAGAGCCACAUAGGGCUGCUACAUAUGGCCCUGGCCCAUAACAUGCAGAGCUCUGGUCAAAAGUAGUGAUUAGGACACUAUGAGAGGCUGGUCCUGCGUGUCUCCUCCAAUCACAGGGUUCCGUUGUUCUGUUCAGGUUCUAGAAGGUUCUGUCCAGAGGGGGGGAACAGAUAUACUGUAGCUUCUCUUCUCCAGAACCUCCUUGGCGAUUUUCUUGGUUCUCAGGAGAAUCUGGAAACAAUAGAGCGCUUCAUUACAUACAAACAUCCACCACAUUCAUUCAUCUAAUAAAACAAUAUUGUUUUUUCUC